CACAGCUCACUACUCUUUCCCUCACGUUGUGUGUGUGUGUUUUCAGUUCAGUUUUGACCACACCCCUUCUCAGUUUAAACCUGUGUCUCAUAAUUAGCUUCAAGGUGACUUGUGUGUAUACAUAUAUACAACUGUAUGCGUCCUUCUUUUUUAAGUCUGGGAAAAAGUAUAGACUACAGCUCAGGUGUCAGACUCAGCAGUGGGGCUAGGAAGCAAAGAUACGGCAAAGAAGGUGUUACACUUCAGGCAGCAUAGCAGGAGAUAGCACUUCAUGAAGAGAUGCUGAAAAACAGAAAACUAGAGGCGAGGGGGCUUUGGGAGAGUAAAAGAGAAUUCCUUCUGGCUGUGGCAGGAGACAUAGUAGGUCUGGGCAACGUUUGGAGAUUCCCCUAUCUCUGCUACAGGAAUGGAGGAGGGGUGUUCUUGGUGCCCUACUUGGUGCUUGCUGUAACCUGUGGUUUGCCCCUAUUCCUUCUGGAAACUGCUAUGGGACAAUACACACAAGAGGGGGGCAUCACAUGCUGGCAACAAAUCUGCCCACUGGCUGAGGGUGUUGGCUAUGCAGGCCAGGUGAUUCAGCUGUAUGGCUGCAUGUGCUACAUCAUAAUCCUGGCCUGGGCACUGCUCUAUUUGGUCUUAUCCUUCAAAUCUCAGCUUCCCUGGGCCAGCUGUGACAACAUCUGGAACACAAACAGCUGUAUUGCUGUUGUAAAUAAUGCCAACUGGACAAGACAGGUCAACUCAACAUCAGCAGCCACUGAGUUUUGGGAGCGUAGAGUGCUCACUAUUUCUAAAGGUAUUGAAGAAGUAGGUAACAUCAACUGGGAGAUUCUCCUGUGUCUAAUCGCUAUGUGGAUCAUAUGCUAUUUCUCUAUAUGGAAAGGAGUAAAGUCCACUGGGAAGGUGGUGUAUUUCACAGCCACGCUCCCUUAUGUGAUGCUGCUGGUGUUGCUGAUUCGUGGACUGACUCUCCCUGGAGCCAUGCAGGGUGUUAUUUUUUACCUCUAUCCCGACUUCCACAGACUGUUGGAGCCUCAGGUAUGGAUGGAGGCAGCCAGUCAAAUUAGCUACUCUUAUAGUAUAGGUGUGGGAAUAUUGACUGUGCUAGGCAGCUACAACCAAUACAACAACAACUGCUACAGGGAUUGCUUUUGGCUGUGUCUGCUGAACAGUGGCACCAGUUUUGUAGCAGGCUUUGCAGUAUUCUCAGUUCUGGGCUUCAUGGCUCAUGUGCAAGGUGUUCCUAUAGAGGAUGUGGCAGAGUCAGGUCCUGGCCUAGCUUUUGUAGCUUAUCCUCAGGCCGUUGCUUUGAUGCCUCUGCCUCAGCUGUGGGCUGUAUUCUUCUUCAUUAUGAUUAUUCUUCUUGGUCUGGACACACAGUUUCUUGCGAUGGAGGUGAUCAUUACAUCAGUGACGGAUGUGUUUCCGAAAGUGCUACGUAGAACUGGAUGCCGAGAAAUCUUCCUGCUUCUUUUCUGUAUUAUCUGCUUCUUCAGCCAAUUAAUCAUGGUCACAGAGGGUGGCAUGUACGUGUUUCAGCUGUUUGACUACUAUGCCUGUAAUGGAGCCUGCAUCUUCUUCCUUUCUGUGUUUCAGUCCCUGGCAGUGGGCUGGGCCUUUGGGGCUGAACGAAUGUGUGAUGCCAUUGAAGACAUGACAGGGUCAUACCCUAACGCCAUCUUUAGGCUGUGCUGGAAAUAUAUUACCCCAUUUGUUUUGCUGGUAUCUUUCAUAUAUUCUAUGGUGGAAUACCAGCCUCUGACGUUUAACCGCUGGUAUGUGUACCCAGCCUGGGCAUACGGGCUGGGCUGGCUGAUGGCCCUCUCCUCCAUCCUGCUGGUUCCUGCAUGGGCACUGGGCCGCUUGUGGAAAGCAAAAGGGAACCUCAGAGAGCGCUGGUGUCAACUGUGCCGUCCUGAGAGAAACUUACCUUUGGACCAGAAGCAGAGAGCUAAAGGACAGUUACUGACAUCAGCUGUUUGACAAAGCCAGCAACACUGAGGAAUGUAAACUAUACAAUACUGAACAAAUAGUGCAUUUGUCUUUUCAUAUACAAUUAGAGAAAUGACAUUCCCUAAUUCUAUAUAUAGAAGACAAAUAAUACUCUGAAUUACCAGGGGUCUACCUAAUGGUACAUAUUUACUCUGUGUAAAUUAUGAAAACGUUUACUGCUGCAUGAAACAAUAUUUGAAUUUCUUGAUGAUAAGAAAAAAAAAAAAGAAAAACUACU